AUGGAGAAAUUUGGCAUGAACUUUGGAGGUGGCCCGAGUAAAAAAGAUCUUCUAGAGACUAUUGAAUCGCAGAAGAAGCAGCUUCUUCAGUACCAGGUUCGGCUGAAGGAUGUCGUCAGAGCCUACAAGAGCCUACUCAAAGAGAAGGAAGCCUUGGAAGCCAGCUUGAAAGUAUUGUCGGUGUCUCAUGAGGCAGAUAUUGGCUUGAGCGGUGCUCAGCCUGCAUCUGUGGCUAGCUCCAGCUCUUCCUUUGCCGAUUCUGCUGAUGACAGGAGCUCGGUUCACAGCGAAGACAGCGUGGGGACAGCUACCAGUGCGGACACUGCUGCCAGUCUGGCCAUGUCAUCUGCUGCUAGUGAGGCUGAUAAAAGAGUGCUCCAGCUGAAGACCCAGUUGGCCACCUUGACCAGUGCUCUGUCAACAGUCACGCAGGAGAAGUCCCGCAUGGAAGCUUCCUACCAAGCAGACAAGAAGAAGAUGAAGCAGGACCUGGAUGACGCCAUUAAGAAAGCAGAGGACGAGACCGAGAAGUUGGAGACAGAGCUGAAGUCUGUCCAGGAACAGCUAGCCGAGACCAAAGCCCGUCUGAUCACGCAGCAGCACGACCGAGCCCAGGAACAGAGUGACCACGCUGUUAUGCUGCGAGAGCUACAGAAGCUGCUGCAGGGCGAGAGGACUUCACGGCAGGACGCAGAGCUGAAGCUGGAGGAGACCAGGGAGGCGUUGGCCGGGAGGGCGUGCAUGGCUGACCGCGCGGAGGGGUAUGAGCUGCAGAUCAAGCAGCUGAGCCAGGAGGUGGAAGACCUGAAGAGAGAGCUGCAAGCUGUUCAGGAGGAGAACAAGAAGCCAGACCCCCAGAUACAGGAUCUGCAGGAGGAGAUGGCUAGCCUUAAGAACCACUUCCAAGUGCAGCUGCUGCAAGAGAUGAGGAAGACUGCGCAGGCAGAGGAGCAGCUCCGCCAGCACUCCCAGAUGGAGGAGCGGCGAGUGGCCGACUUGGAGGGCCAAGUCUCCGAAGUGUCAGAACUACUUGGCACUUACGAAAAAGCCAAGCAGAAGGACCAAGUGGUCAUUCAGAAGCUAAAGGACCGCAUCGUACAGUUGGACCUGGAGAACAAAACCCUGGCCAUCGCUGCCUCCAGCCGAUCCCCUGUUGAUAUUCACAUAGAAGAAGCCAAUCUUGAUGUUAAUGUUCUAAAGGAUAAAAUGGAGAAGCUGAAGAAGCUCUUGCAGGCAGCAGCUAAGAAGAGCCAACCCGCUCUGGACAUCGAGAAGCUGUGUGAGCUGGAGCUGCCAAAGGGCACUGAGGCUGGGGAUGGUGAGAAGGCCACUGCUUUGUACUAUCAGCAGGAGCUGAAGCAGCUGAAGGAAGAGUUUGAAAGGUACAAGAUGAGGGCACAAGUGGUUCUCAAGAACAAGUCGGCCAAAGACGGCAAUCUGGCUAAAGAACUGGAGGAAGCUCAAGAGCAGCUGGCUGACCUGAAAGAGAAAUACGUUGUGCUUCAGCUGUCCUCUGAUGAAAUGGAGAAGCAGCACCAGCAAGACAUGGAAGCCAAAAAGCAAGAGUUGUCCCAGCUGCAGCAAAUUCAUAGGCAGGAAUUAGAGCGAUGCCAGUUGGACUACAGGGAACGGGCGCUGAAGCUGGAAGAGGAGAUGCACAAACAGCGGGACCGAGCACUGGCGGUGCUGGCAGAAAAGGACCAAGAGCUGGAGCAGCUGAGAUCUGUCACGUUGCCUUAUGGGCUUCAAGGAUCCAAAAACUACCUAGCGUCAGGGACUGAUGUUACUAGCAAUGACUCACCAGGUAACAAUUCCUCAGAGAUUCUCCCCCAGGCUCUUGAUCUCUCCGCCACCAGUGAGCCCACCUUCUUCUUGUACGCAGAGCAGCUGGCUCGCAAAGAAGUGGAAAUUGUAGCGCUGAGGAAGCAGAAGCACAAGCUGGAAAUGCAAGUUCACCAGCUCCAGGAGAAAAUCUUGGUUGAGGAGGAGAAGCACCGGGAAGAGGUAUCCGCACUUCAAAGCAAAAUCGAGAAGAAUUUCAGAGAUAAGAGCAGAGAGGGAGCCAACCUGGAAUACCUCAAAAACAUUGUUUAUAGAUUUUUGACACUGCCAGAUUCUCUUGGGCGCCAGCAGACUCUAACUGCCAUAUUGACUAUUCUGCAUUUCAGCCCAGAAGAAAAGCAAACUAUUACAAAACAGUCGGCUUACAGCAGCUGGUGGCUUUCUGGGAAGAGAUGAGAUGGUAGCUUUUAUUCCUAACUGCUUUUGCAUAGUAACACGUUUCUAAUUAUUAACUAAGACCACUUCGCUUGUGGUGUAACCUCUUUCCGACCAUGCGAUGGAGCAGGGAGCUUUCAGCAAAGAAUUGGGCUUAAACUAGUGCUCUUAGCACUAAUUUAAAGUAGAAUUGUGCCAACUAUUCCAGUAGGAUCACAGUGCUCUCUUGCUCUCUGGUGUGAGAAUUUGCUCUGAGUUGGAACUUGAUUUUAAAAAAAUACAUAUUUAAGAUACUGAUGCUUUUUUAAACACAAUUUAAAAAAAAUCCCUACCUGUCAGGCGUAGGGUGAGGAGCUCUAUUAGAGUGGAGCUUGCUUGUAUCUUCAAACACCAGGCAGGCUUGUGACUCAAAAGAUUUAAAGACGAGGGGGGGAAGCACUUAACACAGUGCUA